AUCGCAAUGUAGCAAGUGUGCCGUAUCUAAACAUAGCUGGAGCGGACUAGAAGGUCACCACCAGAACCUAAGCCGACAAAGCUAGCUCAGGAUGAAUUACGGCCUGUGCAGACGCACAGAGCAAGCAUAGAGAGCAGUCCGCUUCAGACGUGUACUUCAGCACUAAUAUCAGAUCCAGUAGUACAGACUACAAGAGAGUUACUCCGGUAGGAGGAGCCUAGACCGGUACAAAUGCGGGUAUAGAAGAUGAGUGGAAUUCGUCGCUAGAUAUCGAUAGCAACUACGUUAGUAUCGCUGCCUUCUCAGGCAACGGCACGCAAGAGUUCAUCCAGGGCUCCUGCGAGUUGCGCAUCCGCAGAAUGACCGACAUGCGCUUAGCGGAUAAAGUCGAGUCGAGACUGACGAAGCCGGAAAAUAAAGGACUGUUUGACUGGGAUACGAUAGUUGAGAAUGAUGCUCGAUCGACUGACUGUAUUAGCCGAUGGACGCAUAGCCGGGUGUUCGCAUUGAUCCGUUUUCACGAUUACACAAUAAAGAUCAAGGUCCGAUAUAGUGUAACGUACCUUCGUUACAAAAUAGAGACCACACUUCUGAGCGGGUGUGGGCAAUCAGUUACAAGGCUAAUCGAGAAGAUAGUUCCCCCCCUCGAGCACAUGUUAGAAUUGGUUGCGAAAUGCUGCAGAAAGGCUUUCUUUGUCGCUGCAAUCCGCGUGCUGAUCUAUGGCCCGGGAUUGACGGUCACGGUGCCGAAAAAAGAAAAAGAAAGAAAAAAUGACAGAGAGACGAUUCCCAGGGAGCUGGGCACGAGAAAUCGCAUCUAAUGCAAAGCGGGGGAGCACCAGCCUAGUAUUAUCUGCGGGAUCCUGCAUCACAUCACGCAGCACUGACUGGGAAUUCCUCAU